CUUUCGAUCUUCAAGAAAUUCAUAAUAAGAACCUAUGCAUGUCCAUAAAGUCGUAAUGUUUGCCUUUUCAGAUGGAAUAUACUCUGCUUGAGGGCCUUGGCCGAAAGGCAUCUUGUCCAAUCAUGAUAGCGCGUAUCAUGUUAUGCAGGCAGCACCCCCGGAGCCUCAAUUGGUCCCAAUACGAGUUUUUCAAUAUGUGGAACGCGCAGGCACUGACAGCCAUUUCAAAUAAUGCCAAUCUGCAUAUGGUUUCCUUGAAGCGUGCCUUAAUUAUGAGAUGCCAAGUCUGCCGGCAACCAAAAGAUUAAAUAAGGUUACAAAUGGAGUACCAGUCCAACUCUGCGCGCAACAGCCAACUCAAAACGUUGUGUUAAUCCAUUACCUCCUCGUGCACAUCCCCAAUCUUGAGCCCUUCAAGCUACUUCCUCACUAACUGAAGAGACCGAAAACGGACGCCUCAUCGUUCUACGCUGACCCCAUGGACUUCUUCAACUCGCUGCGGGGCAGCGGCCUGCCCAUGCCGUCUAGCAUGCCCGCUCCCUCUGAAGUGCGGAGUAGGGCCAAGCGACUGAGCAAGUCCAUCUUCACCUCCUGGGACACCCUGCACGCCAUCCUGGAAAAGAGAGAAGAGACCAUCCGCAAACGAUGGAUGAAAAAGACCAAGGACCAACGGGCCAAGAUUUUGUUGGCGGCCUGGCCAAACAUGCCAGCUUCUCAUCGUCCCGAUUUCCAGGCUCUACGCAAGAAUUCGACAUCCAAGCCACAAGGGGCCUUCAAGUGGCCAUAUGUCAACUUGGAAGAUCUGACGCAGAGCAGGAAUCUCCUGCUGCUCCUCAAUUCCCGUGGCCGAAAUCUGCCCGAGGCUUUUGCGCAUGCAGACCUCGAGGCUACGCACGUGGGACAGACGAGCCAGGUGGUCAAUCUUGAGUUCCUCAACGAGUACACCAUGUACCUCGUCGGCGGCAAAAACCCCGAUACGUAUGGGCAGCUGGUCUCUUGGGACGAAGACGACAAUGCCUUUGACCUGAUGAUGAACCAAAUCCAGUUCCCUCCCGGCCACGGGCUUCUGGUUCUAGAGGUGCAAGACAAGCUGCUCAGAUUCCUGGUCGAGUGCUGUUACCAAAUGUUUCAUGACAUCCACAAGGAGAAGCUUAUUGACGAUACCGUGCCCUCUUUGCCCGAACCUUCACCUAUCGUGGCCACUGAGACUUCGUAUGCGCAGCUUUCAGCAGUAGCCGCAGAGGCACCCUACCGCGUCCCUGCAAAAUUCGACAUCGACCGCCUGAAGCUCCUCGUCGAGUCGCGUAGGGCAUCAGCAGUGGACCACAUCUGGGACCUCCGCGAGGACCCGGCCUACUUCGCUGCCACUGCGUUGGACUACGCGGACCACCGACAGGAGAAGCUCAGAGACACCACUGGCGGACGCCAUCCCCACGACGAUGAUGAUCUGUUCUGGGGUCGUGUCCUUACGACCGUCAUCAUGGAUUCCUACGGCGAAUUCCUCCUUUUUGACAAGAUUCUCGAAAAGGUAUUAGCCGCUAAGGCAGAGUUCGAUAAGCUCAGCAGGGACCUGGAUACGGGAAAAUCACUCCCCACGAAACUGGAAGAGGCACUACUGGAUCUGCGCUACACUCUCGAUCGACUCGUGCAAGGCCCCAUCCUAAACACCAAACUCGGCGUUCCAGCCUCGCCGCCGUUACGAGCCCACUUCGAGCGUCUGCCACAGCAGCCAGGAACCUCGAAGAUGACAGUCCAAACCAAGCGAGGCCCCGGAGGCGAUGCCCUACUGACUUUAUUCAGUCAACUCUGGGACAGCGGACAGGUUUUCCUCCUGCGUCUACCCAAUCUCGUGGAUGAAAUGCAACGCUGCAUCGACGACCCCUUCCAAAAGGGGCGGAUCUCCUCGUGGGUAGCGCACGUGUUUUCCGACUUGGCCUUGCUAGCGCAGAUGAUGCACCAAGUCGACAUCUUCUACCCCUGGUCGGCUGCGUUCGAGGCAAAGUUGGAUACGUCGAGAAAGGAGCGCCAGCCCAAGUACAUGAAGGAUAUGGAGGAUUUUUCCCAGUUCCAUACUAUUAUCGAGAAGUGUCCUUCGCUUGCUGGGCUGGGGACGCCGACGCAGGGAAGGUUCAAGUAUCCGGCUGACAAGCGGCGGAAUGAGGCCAUUACGAAGGCGAUCCAGGCAGCGGAGAGAAAUUUGGAUGUGUUUUGGCAGAAAUUUGACGACUACUUCGGCAGUGCUGCGGGAAAGUCGAUUCAGGAGCUGCAGUCAUCCCAUGGCAUGCAAAUCAGACCCAUCCACCGAACGCCAGAUUGGAUUCCAAAAGCGAGCUCUGCCACUUCAGGCGUAGCCGACAUUGACCGAUCACUCAGCAAGCUAGCACUAAGCUCAUCCGAACCUGAACGCGCACCCGGGCGACUGAUUGCCGAACCCCAGAAAGUCAAGCCCAAGAGGCGCGGCACCGCCGCCCCUGAAGCCGACGAACCUACCAUCCCGACCCCCGAACAGCCCCCGCCAUCCCCCGCUGGACCCCUCUUCACAGUAACCAAACGCGCCUUCAAAGUCUUCUCCUCCAUGUUCCACAUGCCUACCUCAACCUUAACCCAAGAACGGGCUGGGGAGGUAAUGUGGUCCGACUUCCUGCAUGCCAUGACAUGCAUAGGGUUCGGCGCCGAGAAACGUUACGGCUCCGUGUGGCAGUUUACGCCGACGCGGCUGGACGUGACAGUGGGGAUCCAGUUCCACGAGCCGCAUCCCGUGGGCAAGAUCAGUUGGAUGGUGGCGCGGAGGUGGGGGGCUAGGCUGGGGAGGAAUUACGGGCUAAGCGGGGAGAAUUUUACUUUCGGAUGA